AUGUUGAGGUGUUGGAAACAUUCGGAAAACCGUUUGGAAGAUGCAGAGUGCACGGAUGGGGGCUCUGCUGCGUCCCCUCAGUCCCACUUCCCACACAAGGCCUUCUGGGUAAGCCUCUCAGCGUCCCUGCUCCUGGUCAUCAUCGCCCUCGCUCUGACGGGGCACCUGGGGCUGUCGCAGCCUCCUGCAGAGUCUUUACAGUUGGUCCGGAUCACAGCUCCGGAUCAGACCGGACUUCUGAUCAACCAAUCGGCCGUCGUUGACUUGCAAAAUGACCUGGUGACCUUUUCCAUCACCUCACCUGCAAAUCAGACGUCCACUGUGCUCUUUGAUAUCAAACACGGUUUGAUAUGUUACAAACCCAUGGACCAGGAGAGCUGCUUCCUGCGAAAGAUGGAGGACUCUGACUAUAAAAACGUGCACUCCCUCCUCCAGGAGUCUACACACAAGCAGGGUCAGAUCCAGCUGUCCAGGAAUGAGACCCAGAGGCAGAGGGAGUUCCUGGGGGUGUUGGCAGGCAGUCCGGUGGACGUGUCCACGCUGGAGGAGCCUCUGCAGACUCUGUGUCAGCACAGCUCCGUCCACUGGACCAGGAGGGUCGACGGCCCGGGGAAUCAGAGGCUGGUCUACUUCUGCAUCGACAUCUGCUUCCCCAGCAACAUCUGCGUGUCUGUGUGCUUCUACUACCUGCCAGAGUGAAGGUCAGGGAAACAAAGUUGUCUUUU